AUGGCGUGCAAGACGAAGAGCCUGUUGUUGGCGCUCUGCGUGGCGGCGCUGCUCGCAGCACGGUCGGAGUUCCACGGCCUGGGGGACUUCACGAGCGGCGAGGCAACGACGACGUCGGAGAUGCAGACCUUCUUCAUGCCCCAGGCCACGACAGCGCUACCGGAGGCACUCGACGCCUCCAUGCCAGCCAAGCCGGAGGCCACGGCGCUCCCCGCCGCCGCCGCCGCCACGACGGCCGCUGGGACGACGGGCGGCACAGCGCCGUCAGACACACCGCGCAGGCCCGUGUCCGUGGCCGCCGGCAUGGCGGUUGUGGCCAUGGUUGGCAUCGCAGAUCACCCAGAUGCGGUUGCGUAG